AGUGCCUGGCAGCACUGUGUUCCUGUUAGAGCCACCAGCACAAGCACCAGACGAUGCUGAUCCAGGUGAAGGCCCCAGUGCAGCAGCAACAGCACAUGAUGGAGACGAUGAUGAGGAGGAGACCAUCUCUCUGGAUUCCAGAAGGCAUGAGGACCCAGAUGCUAUACAGUGGGAAAACCAGCCUGGCAACAUAGUGCGUAUUAAUAAAAGGACACCACAUCCUGCCAAAUUCCAGCUGCGCUAAUUGUAUUGUGUUCACAGAGCUCACAAGCUAUCAGAAAGUUGUAUGGCAACCACCUCCGGCGCCAAAUAGAACUGGCAGACAUAGACAUUCAGUACAAGAAGAAAAAGAUGGAAAAUCUUGCACUGGAGUCCGAAAUAAAAAGAGGACAAUUAGGAAACUGGACCUUGAAAUAAAAAAAAAACUUGAGAGGGAGGUGAGAUAUGCCUUCAAUGUACACUGUAUGCUAACUGUAACACAAAUGUAUUAAUCAUUAUUUUUCUUUCCUCCCCCAGCUCCAAGAAGAUGACACAGCUCAAAAUAAAAAUUAGGUAUAUUCUCGUAAAGUCAAGUGAGCCAUGACAUAUGAGCUCUUAUUGUGAGCACACAGGACGGUGGCAUCUUUCUAAGGUUUUUUUAUUUUCCCAGCAAUCAGUACAACCAAGUCAUCGUUAUAAGGCAUCGCCCUCUUUUGCCCACCCCCAGCACCAGGUGUGGCCACUAGCCUAUAUGAAGGCCCAAAAUUGUGUGUUCCUUUCUGCUCUGACAAUGGCAUGCCCAUUCGUGCGAGAUGUGGUGGAUGAAGAAGCACUUGUGCUGAGGAGAGCCUUCAGGCGAGAAAGGGUCUUCAGGGACCGGUUGGACCCACUGGCCUUCCCUGAUGACCAUCUAUAUGAAAGAUACAGGUUUUCUGCAGAUGGCAUCAGGUAUCUAUGCAGACUACUGGGUCCCAGGAUUAAGCACCGCACUGCACGGAGCCAUGCACUGAGUGUGGAGCAAAUGGUUUGUGUGGCCUUGCGCUUUUUGCUAGUGGAGCCUUCCUGUACUCAGUGGGGGAUGCUGAACAAGGCCACAAUUUGCCGCACAAUAAGGAGUGUGUGUCUGGCUAUCAAAGCAUUAGCAGAUGUCUUCAUCUCCUUCCCUGGCCACAGAAGACUCUGUGACAUCAAAGAGGAGUUCUAUAGGAUUGCAGGUUUCCCCAAUGUCAUUGGUGCAGUGGACUGCACACACAUAAGGAUAAAAGCCCCCUCAGGUGCCCAUGAGGCCGAUUUUUGUGAAUAGGAAAUCCUUUCACAGCAUUAAUGUUCAGAUGGUCUGCAAUGCUGACUGUGUGAUCAGCAAUGUUGUGGCAAAAUGGCCUGGCUCAGUCCAUGACUCCAGAAUCUUUCGGGCCUCUGAAAUCUAUCAGUGCCUAUCACAAGGUGAAUUCUCUGGUGUGUUGCUGGGAGACAGGGGGUAUGGCUGCCAGCCUUUUCUCCUGACACCUUUCACAGACCCCCAGGAAGCACAGCAGGCCUACAACCAUGCCCAUGCCAGGACCAGGGCCAGAGUUGAAAUGACCUUUGGCCUCCUGAAGGCACGCUUUCACUGCCUUCACAAAUUAAGGGUCAGCCCUGUUAGGGCAUGUGAUAUUACUGUGGCUUGUGCUGUCCUCCACAAUGUGGCCUGCCUGAGGAAGGAGAGGGCCCCCAGAGUGCCACCAGCCAUGGACUGGGACAAUCCGGCAAUCUUCCCUGAUGACGACAGUGGUCGGCUGCUGAGGGACCAAUAUGUGUUGAAUUAUUUUAGUUAGUAUGUGUGCUUUCAAUUUUGGUUAAAUAUGUCCUGCGGUGGCAGAGGAAUUUGGUUUUUUUGGGUUCGUUUUUGACGAAUUUGGCCUCUUAUGAUGUUUGUGCGGUAUACUGUGUGUAAUACAAGGCUGCAGGGAGGCUACUGCAUCCAUUCAUUUGUCUGUUCAGUUGAUGUGUAUGGAUUUGUCCUGCAUUUAUUUUAGUGUGCAGACAUGCAGGGUGUGUUAUAUACAGACCUUUGAAUGUGUAUGUAUCAUUUUGUAUAAUAUGCUUGGAUUCUGUGCUUUCCAUCUUGUAGAGUCACUGUGACUUCAGUUUCGAAAGGAGCUGAUGGUUUACCUGCUUUGUUUUGUCCUUAUUCAAUAAAGGAACAUAAUGUUACACAUUG